AUGUCGCAGCAGCCUCGCAGUCCAUCCCUCGCCUCCUCCAGCACACACUUGCCGCCAGACACUCCCUCGGAGCCUUGCAUCAGCGUCUCCAGCACCAUAUACCCCGCCAGCCGUCGCUCUUUCAGUUCUCAUCAUUCCCCAGGCGGGAGGCUACCCGAGAUGGACCACGAUCGCGAAUCAUUCAUUGACCUCACUUCCCCUACUUUUCCUCCGCAUGCAGAUCAGAACAGUACACCCGAGCACGGCGUCACCCCUGGCUCCCGAGUAUUGGCUUCCCAGGACAGCAACAAGCUCAACACAUCCCCCAGACGGCCUCCUCUUCCACUCAUAACGACGACCACACCAUCCACGAAACCACCACGACCGACCACUCCCAAGCCUGACUUUGGGAGGCGUUCCGCCUCCGCCCAACCUCGCCAUCGUCGUUCAGGCUCCAAUCACGCGAGGUCGCCCGGUGGCGUCGACGAAGCCCCAGCAGACAUGCCGCGCGGUCUCCGCAACAUUCCUUCCACUACCAACUUGUUGCAUCCACAGGAGCGCGCUGAUCGCAUCCGCAAAACGCGCAAGCUCACCCAGCUCUUCGGACAGACGCCUGGCGUUGCACCAGAGCCUAUUGAUGUCGAGCUAGCGAACGGCUGCCUGCCCAUCGCGCCUGCACUCGGCAAACGGAAGCAUAAACCAGCAGCGUCGAUGCUGGACGAUGCUAUUGUGCCGGCCAUGUGGCCACCGGGGGACCAUGGGCAGCAACUGUAUCUCGGUGUGCGUCGUCGUUCGGUUCCGCUGAGCCCGCAGGACUUCUCUUCCAUAAGCGGCCAUUCCAUUCUCACCAUCAGCCAGACACCGCCGCACGUGAUCGAGAUAGGCUCCCAGGAGGGCGUUCCCCAGAGCGAUUGGGUUGGUCAUGGCCGUGCACACGAGGCUCUGCCUUCUGGCUCCCCGACAUCUUUCAUCGACCUGUCAGACGAUGAGGGCGCCCUCGACGGCUUCUCGGAAAUUCUUCCCGCCGAGAGACCUAAAGUCCACCGCCGCCCCCCGCAACCGUUCUCGCCAUCUACCCCCUUACCUGACAAUCUUUCGCCUGAGCAGCAGGCGGAAGAGGAGCGCCGGCGCAAACGCGAGAAGCUGGCCAAGUUGCACCGAUUCCUGGGGUCGCGCGUCCCCGCCCACCUCGUUCUCGGGUCACUCGAAGAGGUCGUUUCACCACUGGACAACAUGCACGAAGAGGACGGAGACACUCGCAAGGCACGCACAAGGCGGAGAAGGAGCAGCUCGGUCGCAGAGUUUGCUGGGACGUGGUCGGAUGAGAUCGACAGGCUCAAGGAGGAUCUGAAUGACCACGAGAAAGCCAUCAAUGUGAGAAGAGCGGUCAAGAUGGAGAAGAUGUUUGGUGUUGCACCGCCUCAGGUACUGUACCACACCCGCCAGGCAGCGCCGACGCCAAGCAGUAGCGCUGUACCCGUCCCCGCGAAGAACUGGCAGACGCCGCGCUCUCCGACAUUACCCCCAUCAAGCCCCACCUCACCAGGUGGCCGCAAUCUUAACCAGUCGGCAUACAAAGGCAAGUCGAAGAAGGGCAGUCGUCCCGGGACGGCCGAGUCCACGCAGCCGCUGCUGCCGCCGAACCACGGGGCCGACGACUGGAGCCUUGCUCCUGCGCCAGCCAUGUCAGAUGUAUACCUGCACUACCGCCAUUCGCUAAAUUCUCUCAACGAUAUCAUCGACCGAGACGACAAGCAGUCCCUUGCCGAGCUGCACGAUUAUCUAAGCGGGAACCUGCAGGAUGUGCCGGAGCAGUCCUCGGCAGACGACACGGCCAGCGUCAUCACGACGUCGACAAAGCCCGAACGCAGACGCUCGCUUCCUUCGCGCACUUCGAUGGGCUCCGUCUCGUCCGACUUUAGCUUACUCGCUUCCCCACCGGCGGAGGAGACAACUUUCCAGGUGCGCCGCAAGCGCGCAGCGAAGCUCACUCAUUUCUUUGGGGUGAACUACCGCGAUCUCAUGGGCGAGAUUCUGGAUAGUAUCGAAAAGGGUCUUGAGGAAGAACGUGGCAAGGGCACCUUGAAGCCGGACGAAGUCCAGGAUUUGCUGCAGAAACUGGUGAAGCUCAAGACCAAGCGCAACAACCUCUCAUGA